GGUGGGCUGGGGUAGAGAUAGUGGGGCUAGAUCCCUUGCCACGUCAAGUUACGUUUUAACUGUGUUGUGUGGAUGAAUUUUUAUCUCUCGUCUUGUAUAGAAAUAAUAUUUGUAAAAUAUGGGUGGAUCUCAAAGUAGCGUUAUUCCGGGAGGCGGCACCGAGGGUUAUCAUGUUCUCCGAGUGCAAGAAAACUCUCCCGGUCACAAAGCCGGCCUAGAAGCCUUUUUCGAUUUUAUCGUUGCCAUUGGAAAGACGAGAUUGAAUGAAGACAAUGAUGCAUUGAAGGACAUCCUGAAGAACAAUAUUGAGAAGCCAAUAGUGAUGACAGUGUACAGUAGUAAAUCCCAGACGGUGCGAGACGUGGAGAUUGUACCCUCCUCCAUGUGGGGUGGCCAUGGGCUCCUCGGUGUCAGCAUUCGUUUCUGUUCCUUUGAGGGAGCCAAUGAAAACGUGUGGCACGUUUUGGACGUCAGCCCCAGUUCUCCGGCUCAAGCUGCCGACCUGAGGCCGUACACUGACUACAUAAUCGGAUCGGAUUCUGUGCUGCACGAGUCGGAAGACCUGUUCACGCUGAUCGACGCCCACGAAGGAAGACCUCUCAAGCUGUACAUUUACAAUGCUGAGAAUGACAGCUGCCGUGAAGUGAGCAUCACUCCAAACAAGGGAUGGGGCGGAGAAGGCAGCCUAGGUUGCGGCAUCGGCUACGGCUACUUGCAUCGCAUUCCAACGCGGCCUUUGCAGCCUGCAGCAGGAGACGGGUUCUCAUCGGUGCAACUUUCAACACCUAGUGCCACAGUGACAGAUACGACGGUCUCUCUUCCACAAGCUGUGCAAGUCAUCGGUGAUGUGACAGCAGCGCCAGCCACAAACGCAGCCAGUUUAGCAGAGCCAGCAAACAGUGAGCCACCAUCAGAGGGGACCUUGACAACACCAAUUAGUCUUCCGGGGAUGCCUCCCAUCACUGUAAGCGCCUCCCUGCCUCCCUACACGCUCCUCGGAAACACCACUGCUGGUAAGACACAGUUUCAGCUUGCGCAAAAUGAACCCCAGGGAAGAAGAAACUAGAGCAGAUAAGGCUUUUGGGAAUGCUGACACUUUUUCUGAACCUUUUCAGGACCCAAGGCUCCUAUGGCAGCACCACAACAUUUGUAAGGAGACCAUCAUCUAUUCAAAGGAGUUUUUGUGUACAACAAAUAAAUUAAGCUUUAGAGGGAU